AUGCUAACCUUCUUCACAAGCUCCGGAACAGGCUCUUUCCCCAACCCGAUGCCCGCGAAACUGUGUAGAGUCACGCCUUCAAUGUUGCAGGCGGCCAGGCCGGUGGAUGCCGUCACUGCCACCCGGUCUGGCUCUUUCUUGUACUUAUCACGUAGUUUCUUGAUGAUCUCUCGCAUAAGCACCGACUUGCCCGUUCCAGCAGAGCCUGUGAAGAAGAUACUCUUGCCUUGCUGUACCACGGCAUCCAGGACAUGGCGCUGUUCAUCGCUCAGGAAGAUCGACGCCACCUUGGGGCGAGAGUUGUGUAAUUGGCCGUUUGCUUGA